AUGGAGAGAGCCGAGCCUAAACGAGCGCCUGUUUACCUCAUGCUGACCCCUUCAACUCCGGUUGACUCUGCUCAAGAGCUGCACGGUAAUGAGGGCGACCGGUUGAUUAUCUCGAUUCUCAGUACAGACGCACGCGCCCUGCAGCGAAAUGCUAUGUGAAGGAUGGUGGCCUUUGAGAUAAUAUACAUGAAGGCUAGCCUAGCUAUUAUAUAAAAAAGGAAAAGAUAGUCUAAUAGUAUUUAUAUUCUGAGAUCAUGCAUGCAUGUAUUUUCAGAAAAUGUUGCUCCUCUCUUAAAUAGGGAUAAUACCUUCAUGCUCUUUAAAUCAAACCAGAUCUUCAUAAACCGACCUCCAUUUUCUCAAAAUAAUCCCUGGCCAUGCAGGGAAUGAAUUAAUCUCUCUUGUCUCUCAAUUCAAUUCAAUUUCAAUUUAAGUGCUUUACUGGCAUGGGAAACGUAUGUUAACAUUACCAAAGCAAGUGAAGUAGAUAGUAAACAAAAGUGAAAUAAACAAUACAAAUUAACAGUAAACAUUACACUCAGAAGUUCCAAAAUAAUAAAGACAUUUCAAAUGUCAUAUUAUGUAUAUAUACAGUGUUGUAACAAUGUGCAAGCACAAAUGGGAAAAUAAAUCAACAUAAAUAUGGGUUGUAUUUACAAUGGUGUUUGUUCUUCACUGGUUUCCUUUUCUUGUGGCAACAGGUCACAAAUAUUGCUGCUGUGAUGGCAUGCUGUGGUAUUUCACCCAGUAGAUAGUUUAUCAAAGUUGGGUUUGUUUUCGAAUUAUUUGUGGAUCUGUGUAAUCUGAGGGAAAUCUCUCUCGCUGUCUCUCUCUCUGAUUCAUAUCAUCUUUAUUAGCAUGAAUGACAAGGCCACUGUUGCUAAAGCUCUGUCUCUCUCUCUGCGUGUGUGAGAGAGAGGUGGGAGAGAUAGAGCAAGUUUAUAGGCCUACAUUCUUUCAGUGACUGCCUAUGACGCGUGGGUACGAUGGGGGUGGGGGCUGAAAAACGUAGGGGGUGCCUUGAAAUGCAUAAAUUCCUGAUUUGAGGGUCAAACCGAGCUCCAAGCUCCACACACUGAUGAGGACCAGAACGAGAGAGAGGAGAGAGAGAGAGAGAGAUAGAGAGAGAGAGGAGAGAGAGAUGAGAAGAGAGAUAGAGAGAGAUGAGACUAGAGACGAGAGAGAUCUCUCCUACUCGCUAGAUCGUCGACGAGCAUCUCUCGAUCGUGCUAUCUCAGAGAGUCUCUCUCUCGUGUCUCUCUCUCUGCCGAGCGACGGCCUCGGUCGCUUAUUCGCUUAAGUCUCAGGAAUAUCAUAUGCUUGAUCACUUUGGCUGUCUCUGAGGGUGUGACCUGCUUCUGCCCGUCAGACCAGACAUAGUCCUGCAAUUUUCUCCAACCAUAUGGUACAAUCCAGUUUUAAAAUAUUGGGGGUCUCUUGAGGUGGACCUGGCUCUGCACCGUUCAGACUAGUGAGGAAGUUCAUCCAACAUAUGUCAAUCCAGUUUUAAAUACAAAGUUUGCCACCUUCUUCAGUGUGAUUAUUUACGAUAAUAAUGCGUUACUGAAGGAGGUCUGACGGAGUGUUCAAUUUAAUUCGGUGAACUCUGUGGGUCUGCGCCUUUGGAGAAUUGCGGAUUAGGUGACACAGCGACUCUGGACACCGAUCUAACACACACACACACACCAGGAUGACCGUGGAACUGUGGUCUCCAGGUCCGAAACAGAACAGCGCAUGAGGUACACAGACCCGAAGUGUGUGUGAGGAGUGUUUGAGUGAAUGUGUGCGGCUGGAUGUAGUGUUGUUUAGUCUCAGCAGAUUGGCUUUAGACGGCUGUCUCCAUGUCUUCACUGUUCGGGUCCAGAGUUGAUGUAGAGUGCAGACCUGGGUUCAAAUACUUUGAAAUUAAUUGAAAUACCCUAAAGACAUUUCGAAGUAAGUAUUUGGAUAAUUUUUCUUUGAAAAUACAUGUAGGCUAGUUGAAUAUUGGAAUGUUUUUGGAAACACUUGGAAAGUAUUUUCAAAUACAAAUAUUGUAUCCUAUUUAAAAAUACUGUAGUUUCGGCUUUUAUAGGAAUUUAUUUGAAAAUACUUUCAAAUAAUGUAAAAUAUAAGUAGCUGAUUUGGCCAUAUUAUUUGAAAAUACUCAAAUACACAGAAAAUAAGUAUUUAAAUAACAAAUAGGCCUGCUUAAAAACGCAUGUAUUUGAGCCCAGAUCUAGUACAGUGAGAGGUGCAGUCAGGGAUUUUACCAACAAUAAGCCAAACUGGACCUCUCUUCGGUCGUCUAGAAACACUGUUUGGAUUUAGUGUCACUGGAAAUGUUAUUGUCAAUAAUUUAUCGAAAACAAAACAAUGUUUUACCAGUGGGCCCUGAUCUUUCACAGCUUAUAAUAAUAGCAUCCUUAUAUAACCGUCCAUCUAUUAGCUUACUAAUAGCAUAUUUAAUCACUAGUAGGAUAUUGUUACGCGUUAUUAUUAAGGAUAGGCUACAUUAUUUAUAGACCUACUUAAUUAAAGCUUCAUUAUUAUUAUCAGUAAACCUAUUCCUAUUAUUGUUAUCUUAUUAUUAAUUAUGACUGUUAUUCGAUUAUUAUGAUGAUGAUGAUGAUGAUGAUUGUUAUUAUUAUUAUUGUUAUUAUUACAUGUUGUUAAAUAUGCACACACUGUGACAUAGCCAUAAUAUUAUUUUAAAUAAUAGAUUUAUAAUAGAUUAAGCCACAAAGCCUUAGCCUACUGAUAUUAAACUAGCCUACAUGUUGCAGGUGGCUAUCUAAAUCAGAAUAAUAUACAUUUAAUUGACUAUCUAAAUACACAUUUAAAUGACUAUUAAAAUAUAUAUUUUAAUUAUGCUUAUUUUUCUUAAUUUGUUUCAUUUGAUUAUCUAGACCAUUUAUGCAUGAGCCUAUUUCUUUAGGACCUACAUUUUAAAAAAUGCACAACACAGUUUAUUUUGUAAUAUAGUUUUAGUUUGAAUUGCAUUAUUAUUUUGUCAUAUUUUCUGUGAAAUGAGACUGAGGUGUGUAUUGAAUUCAAGUCAUUAUUAUCAGCUCUAUUAUCCCAGGCCUAAUAGGCUAAAAAUAAAGUAUUAACAUACUGUAUAUUAGGCCUAUCAGAUAAUAGUGUGUGUGUGUGUGUGUGUGUGUGUGUGUCUAUCCCGUCAGUGUGUCCCUUGGUGUCAGGUAGUGUUUGUCAUGGCUAACGGUGGAGACCCGUUCGCCAUCCCAGAGCGCAUGGACACAGACACGGACUCACCGAAAGAGACCAAACCGGAGAAUCACACUUGCUCCAGCUCUCCACUGUCACCGGAGACCACGUGCACACAGCAGGUAACUUCCCGUGUGUGUGUGUCUGUGUGUGUAAAUGUUGAAUUUGUCAAAACAUGAAAACGAUGCACUUUUAUUUAUUUUUAAAUUGUGGGUGAUCACGAUUUAUGCAUGAUUGUCUCUACUAAAGCGAAAUGGAAAAAUAAUUGUUGAAAAUAAUGUAAUUAGAUUAAUAAUCUAUAGUAGGCCCAUAGCCUAUUGAAGAGAAAAAAAUGAAAAUACUCUGAAUAAUAUAGGCAACUAAUUUAAACGAUUAUUCCCCCAAUAUAAUAACAAAAGUCGGCGAAGUAGUGCAUGUCAUGUCAAAGCAGAAACAGACAGACGAUUUUAGGAACGCAGGAGCUAAAUAUGACCUAGAUUUGGUUUCUAAACAGUCGGUUGGUUACCAAAACAUGCCCAGAGCAACACUGACUGACUAUCUGGUUAAAUCUGUGUCAAAUCCCGUUAGUAAAAAUAUCGUGGUUCUCGUAUACAUUUGAAACCUUCAGUAGCCUAUUUAACUGUGUAGGCCUAUGCAGCAUCUAAUAAACAGGCUUGCUGUUAUUAAUAUUAAUAUAGGACCUAACGUAUUGUCAUUUUAAUCAAACCGUUCCAAUAAUACAACAGUCUCAUUAAGAUCAAAUUAAAUGUUAUUGGCCAGACUGUAUAGGCUUAGGUUUGUUUAAAAAACUGUUUUUACAAUGUUCAAUGGAAUUUAUUUAGGCCUAUCGGUAGGAUAUUCAUGCAAGGAUGGAUCGGGACAUUGGUUUAAAUAUUUAGUAUAUAUAUCUCUUACCUCAUCUGUUCUCUAUUCUCAGGGGAUGGAAGGAAUAAAAUUCUACCUGCACGAGCGCGAGCUGUGGGAGAAGUUCCACGAGGUCGGAACAGAGAUGAUCAUCACUAAAGCGGGAAGGUAAAUGCGUGCUCCAUAUUUUCUUGCAUUAGGUAAGAAUUAAAAAUCGUGUCCAUUAUAGGCUACAAUUAAGCCUAUAAACUAGCAAAUAUUGUUUUCUCUCUUAGGCUAUAGGUUUUUUGAACUUCCGUUAAUUAACACUGAACAUUUAGGAAAACAAAUAUAAUAUCCACUAGGCCUAGACCUGUUAAACGUCAAAUUUUUGUGAUUAGGCAUAAUGUUUGUAACGUUUGUAUUUAUAAUUAGGCAUAUAACAAGUAGGAUAUUGUCCGGGUACACAUUUUCACAAAACAUCAUUUUCUCAUUAGCCUAAUAAAUUAUUGGCGGUGGCUGUGAAUAUGGAGUUUUCGCACUCGCCCCGCCCCUCUGGAAACCUCUUUCUCAAAGCUACGCACAUGUGUAAUUCUACGCACACAUUUUUUCUUGCUGCUCACAUUUCACUUCCCUUCACGUUUCUCUCUUUACUCACCCUCUUCUGAACGAACCAUGAUGAUGUAGCCUCCCACUGGGCACAAACUGGUUGGUUGAAUCAACGUAGCUAGUAACUUGUCAAUAUAUUGUGACGUGGGAUGUACGAGGAAAAUACAUUGGAUUUGAAAAAAGUAAUCAAUGUAAACUGUUGUUUGGAGGGUGAAAUUUCAUCCACCAAUUUUCAACAUAGACAAACCUUGUAUAAAAUAUGUUCAAUUUGUGCAUUUGAAACAACUUUAGAUCUUCAACUUACAGUGAGCUCCAAAAGUAUACAGUAAAAUCAAUGGUGUACAUUUAAGUCUGAAAGUGUUAAACAUACACUAUGUUCAGUGAACAUAUGAGUCACAUUGAACUGGUGUUAAACUAACACUUUUGAAAGUGUUAAAGAUUUAACUAUGUUACAGUGUUCCCAAUUCAACUCUUAAAGUGUUCAAAUUAACUUGAUUGUGGUGUUUGCAUAGCUCUACUGUAGAGUAAUAUGCAGCACCUACAGCGUAAAACAUAACACUUGAUUUAGAGUAAACUGGACUCACUUUGCUUAGUGCUGACGCUGCUACACUUUCUCAGUGUAAGAAAUUAACACCUGUAGUGUUACAGGAAAUAAUUUGUAGGUGUUGUUUUAACACUGUAUGGUGUAACGCCUAAUUUGCAUAUUUCCCAGGGUGCCUUUUCUUUUUUUGAGUGAAUUGUAGAGUUUCCACCCAUGACUGUAUUUGUUAGUGACAGAGACAUGGUUAUUGAAUUCUUUAAUUUUAAAGGCCUGUGGCUUUCACCAAGUGAGUACCUAGUCGAAUGCUAUCAUUAAAAUUAAACUCUAUGACAAUACAAUACAUAUAUCAUAAGACCUUACUUUGAUGGCCUAGUUUUACCCUUACACAGUGGUGUUAGGAAACUCCUGGUUUACAGGCCACAUCAGGCCUGCAAGUCACAUUAUGCUGGCUUGCAAAGUGAUGUGUAAUUCCUAUUGGAAUCCAGCCAGAGUUAGGAUAUUCAACAGUUUGAAUAUUUAUUCACCAGCAACCUGCAUUCAGAAUUACUUUCAGGGUUAGGAAAUUUGAUAAGAAGACUACCUAAACCAUUUAAACUGGAACAACCAUUUAGGUGACAGGUGCAAUAAAUCUUACUAAUUGAUUGUAUUAGUUUAGAAAAAUGUAUGUUAUUUAUAUUUGUGGAGCAUACGAUUAAUCAAUCAAUCAAUCAAAACCAAAAGCAAAAACACAGAUAUUAAAAACAAUCCUAAAAUAUCAACCGCAGUAGAGCAUGCUUGGAAAUAUGAUAAUGAUAAGCGUGGUUCUGGUUAUUAACACCAAAGCUGGGGGUUCUUUUACACCAAAAGUAUUGGGACAAAUUCACUUAUAUCAUUUAGCAGACGCUCUUAUCCAGAGCGACUUACAGUUUUUUUUAAAUACUGGCCCCCCGUGGGAGUCGAACCCACAACCCUGGCGUUGCAAACGCCAUGCUCUAACAACUGAGCUACCUCCCUGCCGGCCAUUCCCUCCCCUACCCUAGACGACGCUGGGCCAAUUGUGCGCCGCACCAUUGGUCUCCCGGUUGCGGCCGGCUAUGACAGAGCCUGGAUUCGAACCAGGGUCUCUAGCGGCACAGCUAGCGCUGCGAUGCAGUGCAUUAGACCACUGCGCCACUCGGGAGUAUUUAUUUAAUAUACAGUGGGGAGAACAAGUAUUUGAUAUACUGCCGAUUUUGCAGGUUUUCCUACUUACAAAGCAUGUAGAGGUCUGUAAUUUUUAUCAUAGGUACACUUCAACUGUGAGAGACGGAAUCUAAAACAAAAAUCCAGAAAAUCACAUUGUAUGAUUUUUAAGUAAUUAAUUUGCAUUUUAUUGCAUGACAUAAGUAUUUGAUCACCUACCAACCAGUAAGAAUUCCGGCUCUCACAGACCUGUUAGUUUUUCUUUAAGAAGCCCUCCUGUUCUCCACUCAUUACCUGUAUUAACUGCACCUGUUUGAACUCGUUACCUGUAUAAAAGACACCUGUCCACACACUCAAUCAAACAGACUCCAACCUCUCCACAAUGGCCAAGACCAGAGCGCUGUAUAAGGAUAUCAGGGUUAAAAUUGUAGACCUGCACAAGGCUGGGAUGGGCUACAGGACAAUAGGCAAGCAGCUUGGUGAGAAGGCAACAACUGUUGGCGCAAUUAUUAGAAAAUGGAAGAAGUUCAAGAUGACGGUCAAUCACCCUCGGUCUGGGGCUCCAUGCAAGAUCUCACCUCGUGGGGCAUCAAUGAUCAUGAGGAAGGUGAGUGAUCAGCCCAGAACUACACGGCAGGACCUGGUCAAUGACCUGAAGAGAGCUGGGACCACAGUCUCAAAGAAAACCAUUAGUAACACACUACGCCGUCAUGGAUUAAAAUCAUGCAGCGCACGCAAGGUCCCCCUGCUCAAGCCAGCGCAUGUCCAGGCCCGUCUGAAGUUUGCCAAUGACCAUCUGGAUGAUCCAGAGGAGGAAUGGGAGAAGGUCAUGUGGUCUGAGACAAAAAUAGAGCUUUUUGGUCUAAACUCCACUCGCCGUGUUUGGAGGAAGAAGAAGGAUGAGUACAACCCCAAGAACACCAUCCCAACUGUGAAGCAUGGAGGUGGAAAAAUCAUUCUUUGGGGAUGCUUUUCUGCAAAGGGGACAGGACGACUGCACCGUAUUGAGGGGAGGAUGGAAGGGGCCAUGUAUCGUGAGAUCUUGGCCAACAACCUCUCUCCCUCAGUAAGAGCAUUGAAGAUGGGUCGUGGCUGGGUCUUCCAGCAUGACAACGACCCGAAACACACAGCCAGGGCAACUAAGGAGUGGCUCCGUAAGAAGCAUCUCAAGGUCCUGGAGUGGCCUAGCCAGCCUCCAGACCUGAACCCAAUAGAAAAUCUUUGGAGGGAGCUGAAAGUCCGUAUUGCCCAGCGACAACCCCGAAACCUGAAGGAUCUGGAGAAGGUCUGUAUGGAGGAGUGGGCCAAAAUCCCUGCUGCAGUGUGUGCAAACCUGGUCAAGACCUACAGGAAAUGUAUGAUCUCUGUAAUUGCAAACAAAGGUUUCUGUACCAAAUAUUAAGUUCUGCUUUUCUGAUGUAUCAAAUACUUAUGUCAUGCAAUAAAAUGCAAAUUAAUUACUUAAAAAUCAUACAAUGUGAUUUUCUGGAUUUUUGUUUUAGAUUCCGUCUCUCACAGUUGAAGUGUACCUAUGAUAAACAUUACAGACCUCUACAUGCUUUGUAAGUAGGAAAACCUGCAAAAUCGGCAGUGUAUCAAAUACUUGUUCUCCCCACUGUAUGUAUUAAAGUAGUCAAAAGUUUAGUAUUUGGUCCCAUAUUCCUAGCACGCAAUGAUUCCAUCAAGCUUGUGACUCUACAAACUUGUUGGAUGCAUUUGCUGUUUGUUUUGGUUGUGUUUCAGAUUAUUUUUGUGCCCAAUAGAAAUUAACGGUCAAUACUGUUUUGUGUCAUUUUGGAGUCACUUUUAUUGUAAAUGAGAAUAUAAUAUGUUUCAAAACACUUCUACAUUAAUAUGGAUGCUACCAGGAUGAUGGAUAAACCUGAAUGAAUCGUGAAUAUUGAUGAGUGAGAAAGUUACAGAUGCAUGACUACUUUAAUACACAUCCAUAUAAGUUAAUUUGUCCCAGUACUUUUGGUCCCUUUUGGAGCUCACCAUCAGAUAAAAACAAUAGGCUGAGCAGCACCUCCUACUGGAGAGAUGGUCUUUCUACAGCUAUUCAUUUGGUUUCUCAUCCAGGGUUUUAACCAAGCCCUGCUUAGCUUUGAUAUUUGUCACUGACUAAUACCAAUGUGCUAUCGUGAGAAUGGUUAUUGAGAGAUCUCUUAAUAACAAAAUUCACUAUAGCUAUCGAAGUCAUUCCAAAUGGUAGGUUUAACAGAGCAAAUGACAUUUAACCAUACUUUAGAAAUCAUAGAUCAUCAAUUAUACUAUUUAGGCCUAUAUAGCAUUUGCAAAGUCAUCAACGGCUAUGUUUCAAUUCAACCCAGGGUUCACUAAAAAUAAACAAUACAUACAGUGCCCUCAGAGUAUUCAUACCCCUCGACUUUUUCCACAUUUUGUUGUUUUACAAAGUGGGAUUAAAAUGGAUUUAAUUGUCAUUUUUUGUCAACGAUCGACACAAAAUACUCCGUAAUUUCAAAGUGGAAGAUAAAAAAAAUUAAUAAAACACUAAUGUAUUUUGAUUAGAUAAGUAUUCAACCCCCUGAGUCAAUACAUGUUAGAAGCACCUUUGGCAGCAAUUACAGCUGGGAGUCUUUCUGGGUAAGUCUCUUAAGAGCUUUGCAAACCUGGAUUGUUCAAUAUUUGCCCAUUAUUCUUUUCAAAAUUCUUCAAGCUCUGUCAAGUUAGUUGUUGAUCAUUGCUAGACAGCCAUUUUCAAGUCUUGCCAUAUAUUUUUCAGCCAAUUUAAGUCAAAACUGUAACUAGGCUACUCAGGAACAUUCAAUGCCGUCUUGGUAAGUAGUAUAUUUGACCUUGUAUUUUAGGUUAUUUUCCUGCUGAAAAGUAGAUUUGUCUCCCAGUGUCUGUUGGAAAGCAAACUGAACCAGGCUUUCCUCUAGGACUUUGCCUGUGCUUAGCUCUAUUCCUUUUAUUUUUUAUCCUAAAAAAACUCACUAGUCCUUGCCAAUGACAAGCAUACCCAUAACAUGAUGCAGCCACCACGAUGUUUGAAAAUAUAAAGAGUAGUACUCAGUGAUGUGUUGUGUUGGAUUUGUCCCAAACAUAAUGCUUUGUAUUCAGGACAAAGAGUGUAUUUAUUUUCCACAUUUUUUGCAGUAUUACUUUAGUGCCUUAUUGCAAACAGGAUGCAUGUUUUGUAAUAGUUUUAUAUUCCAAAAUACAUUUAGGAUAGUAUUGUGGAGUAGCUACACUGUUGGUGAUCCAUCCUCAGUUUUCUCCUAUCACAGCCAUUUAACUCUGUAACUGGUUUAAAAUCACCAUUGGGCUCAUUGUGAAAUCCCUGAGCGGUUUCCUUCCUCUCCAUCAACUGAGUUAGGAAGGACACCUGUAUUUCUGUAGUAACUGGGUGUAUUAAUACACCAUCCAAAGUGUGAAAAAAAUCAUGUUAAACACCAUUAUUGCACACAGUUACACAGUAUUAAUUUGUAAAAAUGUCUAAAAACAUAAUUUUACUUUGACAUUAUGGGGUAUUGUGUGUAGAUCAGUGACACAACAUCUAAAGAAAGGUUAAUCCAUUAUAAAUGUAGGCUGUAACACAAUAAAAUGUGGAAAAAGUCAAGGGGUGUGAAUACUUUCUAAAGGCACUGUAUAGGCCUAGGGUUUCAAGCUUUGGUUGAUUUCAAAUUUAAUCUUCAAGUUAAUCAUUGGAUUCAAGUCUCCAUCUUAACCAAAAAUCAAGGCUAAAGAAUAGGACUAAAUCAAACUUUAUUUAAAGUGCAUUUAAAGUUUGAUUAGAUUAGACUGAGUCCUAUUACAUUUAACAUUUUAGUCAUUUAGCAGACGCUCUUAUCCAGAGCGACUUACAGUUAGUGAAUACCUUUUUUAUUUUAAUUUUUUAAUUUUAAUACUGCCCCCCCCCGUGGGAAUCGAACCCACAACCCUGACGUUGCAAACGCCAUGCUCUAUCAACUGAGCUACAUCCCUGCCGGCCAUUCCCUCCCCUACCCUGGACGACGCUGGGCCAAUUGUGCGCCGCCCAUGAGUCUCCCGGUCUAUUAUUUAACUUAGAUAUUUGGUUGAGGUUGAGACGUCUAUAUCAAUUAUUCAUUUCUAGACAAUCUGGAUAUUGAAUUGUGUCAACGUAACCAAAUAUCAACAUUUGAAGGAGAUGUAUCUUCUGCUUGGAUAGUUCCAUCUGUGCCACUGACUUUGUUUAAUUCCAGGUUGUCUACAAAUUCAUAAUUGAUAUGUUGGAUUCACUUCUGCAUCUCAACCAAAAAUCUGUUAAACAAUCAAAUUUUAAAUACACUUUAAAUAAAGUUUGAUUUGAUUUAGUACUAUUAUUUAACUUUGAUUCUUUGUUGAGAUGGAGAUGUGAAUCCAAUUGAUCAAUUAAUAAUUUGUAGACAAACUGGAAUUAAAGCCAGACUAAAUCAGUGGCACAAAAGAUACAUCUCCUUCAAAUGUUGAUAUUUGGUUGCGUUGACAACAAAACAAUUCAAUAUCACUUUUGUAAUACAAUAAAUAGCCUAUUAACUUGUCGACAAGUUAACAAAUGAUACUAAAUGUUGGAUUCACAUCUCCAACUAAACCUAAAAUAAACUUUAAAGAAUAGGAUUAAGGCUGUGGCUCAGAUGAAACUAUCCAAGCAUUCGAUAUCCUUUAAAUGUUGAUAUUUGGUUGUGUUGUCAAUAGCCUAAAGUUAAGGCUAUUUUGGAAACUAAUGUAACAGUAUUUAUUCAACCUUAAAAUGGCCACAUUUUGAGGUUAGCCUACUGUAACUAUAAAUGUAUUUUUAUGUCAUCUUAGAAAGCGUGCAUGUUCAAGAUAGCAUGCAAAGGUUGUAGGUCUGUGCAAAUCUUUACAAUUGCUAUAAUAAAUCGUGCUUAUGCUUAACAUCCUAUUGAGGCAUGGAAUGCAAUAGUUAGAACAUGUCGACCAUAUCCUUUGUGUACAACAUGAAGUUUGUAGGCUACACCAGACAAAGUUGUUAAUCGCGGAUUAAGGAGGGGGAAGCGGCAGCAGAGCAGUGGGCAGCAGCUAUGCAGGCACCGGAGUGGGCAGCAGUUACGUAAAAAAAAUUCCUGCACAUUGUCACGCCCUGGCUCUGGGGACACUGUUAUGUUGAGCCAGGGUGUGUAAUUCUAUGUUUGUAUUUCUAUGUUGGCCUGAGUGACUCCAAAUCAGAGGCAACGAGUGUCAGCUGGUUGUCUCUGAUUGGGAGCCAUAUUUAAACUGUCUAUCUUUCCCUUUUGUGUUUGUGGUUUCUUGUUCGGAUUUGGUUUGUGUAUGACCAUUGACUGUCACGUCAUCGUUUUGUUGUUUUGAUCGUGUGAUCAUCAAAUUAAAUAAAUAUGUUCACAUUCAACGCUGCGCCUUGGUCCUCAUCUCUCACCGACGAUUGUGACAGAAGAAACCACCAAAACCGGACCAAGCAGCGUGUCCAGGAGCCAUCGCUAGCAGAUCUCCGUGGCAACCUUGACUGGGUCAAGCCUAGUGAGGAGCAGAGAGGGUGGACUUGGGAACAGUUGAGGAAGAGCUUCGACUGGGUCAAGCCCAUUGAGGAGCUGAAUAGCGGGAGUUGGAGACAGAAGAGCGAGAGUUGGGCGAGAACGAUAGAGGCCUGGCCCACGGGGAGGAGAGACCCCCAGAACAUUUUUAGGGGGGGGCUCACGACGUCGGGGCAGCAGGAGGCCGCGAUAGAGCGGUCCAGCGGGUUAGCAGAGGAGGCCGCCAGGUUACGGGGGCCACUGGUCGAAGAGGGGAUGGAAGGUGGAGAGGCACGGCGAGAGGUACUGGGGUGUGUUACCAGUCCGGUCCGGCCCGUUCAAGAUCCCGAUGUAGGGCCAGUGGUGUGUGUCCCCAGUACGGUCCGGUCUGUUCCUGCUCCCCGCACCAAGUCUGUGGUGCGUUUCGUCAGCCCUGUCCGGCCCGUUCCUGCUCUCCGCACCAAGUCUGUGGUGCGCGUCGCCAGCCCAGUCCGGCCCAUUCCUGCUCCUCGCACCAAGUCUGUGGUGCGUUUCGUCAGCCCUGUCCGGCCCGUUCCUGCUCUCCGCACCAAGUCUGUGGUGCGCGUCGCCAGCCCAGUCCGGCCCAUUCCUGCUCCCCGCACCAAGUCUGUGGUGUGUUUCGUCAGCCCGGCUCGGCCCGUUCCUGCUCCCCGCACCAAGUCUACGGUGCGUGUCGCCAGCUCGGCCCGGCCUGCUCCCCGCACCAAGUCAGUGGUGCGUUUCGUCAGCCCUGUCCGGCCCGCUCCUGCUCCCCACACCAAGCCAGUGGUGUGCGUCGUCAGUCCAGCACGGCCCGUGCCUGUUCCCCACACCAAGCCAGUGGUGUGCAUCGUCGGUCCGGCACGGCCCGUGCCUGUUCCACUGGUGCCUGGUCCGGCACCGGUCAGAUGCGUUACGCCGGAGCUAGAGCAAUCCGCUCCAUCAGUGUGCAGUCCAGCUCCGGCCAGCGGGGCCAGACCGGACCAGGGGUACUUUGGGGGGUUGGAGAGGGAGUGGGGAUCAGGCCCGGAGCCGGAUCCGCCGCCAAGGCGGAGUGCCCACCCGGUCCCUCCCCUGUGGUAUUUAGUUGGCGCGGUCGGAGUCCGCGCCUUUAGGGGGGGGUACUGUCACGCCCUGGCUCUGGGGACACUGUUAUGUUGAGCCAGGGUGUGUAAUUCUAUGUUUGUAUUUCUAUGUUGGCCUGAGUGACUCCCAAUCAGAGGCAACGAGUGUCAGCUGGUUGUCUCUGAUUGGGAGCCAUAUUUAAACUGUCUAUCUUUCCCUUUUGUGUUUGUGGUUUCUUGUUCGGAUUUGGUUUGUGUAUGACCAUUGACUGUCACGUCAUCGUUUUGUUGUUUUGAUCGUGUGAUCAUCAAAUUAAAUAAAUAUGUUCACAUUCAACGCUGCGCCUUGGUCCUCAUCUCUCACCGACGAUCGUGACACACAUGUGCAGAAAUCUCAGUAUCUUUAGCCACAGCAAAUUGGGCCUCCAGAAAAUCCGGAACCGCAGCCACUCUGUAAAUUAUUUUGAUGUUUAGGGUUUUGAUUUUGCUCACAACUGUAGCAAUGGUUGCUAUGCCUCAGUGAUAGACUACUGAUAUUGCUAUGAUGCUGACUGCCUGUGUUGUUGCUGUCUUGCCAGGCGGAUGUUCCCCUGCUACAAGGUGAAGGUGACGGGCCUCAGCCCUAAAGCCAAGUACAUCCUCCUCAUGGAUAUCGUGCCAGCGGAUGACCACCGCUACAAGUUUGCAGAUAAUAAAUGGUAAGCUAGCUACAUAUCAAAACUUUGUAUAUUUAAAUAGCCUACAGUAUGUGUUUUGAGCUGAUAAAAAUAAAUAAUAAAACAGUAUAUAUUUUAACAGCAUUAUAGAGAGCGAAACAUAACAACACAGAGCAGGGACGUGGAUGUUUAGGCCUGCUAACACGCUGCCGUGAUGUCACAGUCCCACUCAGUGCCCUGUGCUCUGUGGCCUAGUUUCCUGCCCCUGACCGCCGGUUCAGUCUCAGUACCAUGGGUUCAUGUGGCGGGCAGAUUAAAAGCGAGGUUUCACUGAGGUCAGCACCAGGCUGCAGGGGAGAUCUAAAGCCGCGUUCACAUCGUGUCGGAAACUCGGAAACUCAGACAUUUCUGAUUUGCUUACUCAUUGUAGAAAGAUCUUACCCGAGUUUCCCUCUUGGGAAGUAUCAGAUACAACCAAUACGAAGCUCUACGCAAAUAACUUACGUUCCCUUUAACUAGGAGGUCCCAGGUUUCCGACAUGACGUGAACACUGCAUAAACUAUCUUGUGCUGCGUGAGUCUCAUCCUCUCCCUGGUCACGUGAUGAAGCCCGGUGGUGCCCUUAAGGACACAUCAUUCAUCUGAUACAAUAGAAGGCGGGCGCUCCAUUUUCAGUCAUAUGUUUAGACAAGGAACGAUGUUAAUGCCUAAUGUGAACGUUGUUAUGCAUGGGUAGAUUAUUUGUUUGUAAAUAUCAGCGGUGGUCUGUCAUUUCCCUGUCAUAUUUGACAGAAGUGGAAUAACUUCAGUGAACAUGUUUGCCAGCUCGGUCCAGUUGACAGAUUCCAAUAUAAGGAGUCAUACACACGAAAACAACACACACACACACGUCAUAGGCUAUUGUCUUUAAAGUGACAGGGUUGGGAUCAAUUCCUUUUCAAUUCAGGAAGUACACUGAAAUUCAAUGAGGAAAAUUUGGAAUUGGAAUUUGGUUUAGUUUCUGAAUUGACUGGAAUUUAAAUGAAAUUGACCCCAAUCCUGUAAAGUGAACCAGAAAAUGUUGCAUGUUUGAAAUAUACUGAACAGAAAUAUAAACGCAACAUGCAACAAUUUCAACAAUUUUACUGAGUUACAGUUCAUAUAAGGAAAUCAGUCAAUUUAAAUAAAUUCAUUAGGCCCUAAUCUAUGGACUUCACAUGACUGGGCAGGGGCGCAGCCAUGGGUGGGUCUGGGAGGGCAUAGGCCCACCCACUUGGGAGCCAGGCCCACCCACUGGGGAGCCAGGCCCAGCCAAUCAGAAUACGUUUUUCCCCACAAAAGGGCUUUAUUACAGAGAAAUACUCCUCAGUUUCAUCAGCUGUCCGGGUGGCUGGUCUCAGACGAUCCCGCAGGUGAAGAAGCCGGAUGUGGAGGUCCUGGGGUGUCAUGGUUACACGUGGUCUGCGGUUGUGAGGCCAGUUGGACGUACUGCCAAAUUCUCUAAAAUGACGUUGGAGGCGGCUUACGGUAGAGAAAUUAACAUUAAAUGAUCUGGCAACAGCUCUGGUGGACAUUCCUGCAGUCAGCAUGCCAAUUGCACGCUCCCUAAAAACUUGAGACAUCUGUGGCAUUGUGUUGUAUGACAAAACUGCACAUUCUAUAGUGCCAUUUUAUUGUCCCCAGCACAAGGUGCACCUGUGUAAUGAUCAUGCUGUUUAAUCAGCUUCUUGAUAUGCCACACCAGUCAGGUGGAUGGAUUAUCUUGGCAAAGGAGAAAUGCUCACUAACAGGGAUGUAAACAAAUUUCUGCACAAAAUUUGAGAGAAACAAUUUUUUUGUGCUUAUGGAAAAUUUCGGGGAUCUUUUAUUUCAGCUCAUGAAACAUAGGACCAACACUUUACAUGUUGCAUUUAUAUUUUUGUUCAGUAUAGAUCAGAUUAGUUGAUAGUCCUACAAAGACAAUAGCUUUCGGAAAUACAGUACCAGUCAAAAGUUUGGACACACCUCCUUCAAGACUGUUGGAAAAGUAUUCCUCAUGAAGCUGGUUGAGAGAGUGCCAAGAGUGUGCAAAGCUGUCAUCAAGGCAAAGGGUGGCUACUUUGAAGAAUCUCAAAUAUGAAAUAUAUUUUGAUUUGUUUAACACUUUUUUGGUUACUACAUGAUUCCAUAUGUGUUAUUUCAUAGUUUUGAUGUCUUCACUAUUAUUCUACAAUGUAGAAAAUAGUAAAAAUAAAGAAAAACCUUUGAAUGAGUAGGUGUGUCCAAACUUUUGACUGGUACUGUAUGUUCCAUGUGUAUAUUUUCACAUGGUUGGGAUUUGCUUGUACCUCAUCGCUCUGAUUAACACCUGUAUUGGUAUUAACAUAUCCUGAUGUAACAGACGGGGGCCAGCGGUGUCUCUUCGUUUAAAAAAAGCAGUUGAAGCGUGAGGAGGAUGUUGGUCUAAUAAUAAUAAUAGAUCAUAAUAGAUAUAGCCAGCAGCGCACCAUGGCAUGUCAGAUCUGUGUGUCCCCUGUGCCAGUGUGACAGCACGAGGAACACAGUAGAGAGCAUGGCCAGGUUAGACUGUGUGUGUGUGUGUGUGUGUGUGUGUGCGGGAGAGCGAGAGUGAGAAAGACACACAGUACGAGGGGCAGGAAAAAGGGCAGGGCUAACUGACUCUUACAUCAGCAUCCAAUUGUGAUUGAUAUUUGGUUGAGUGAAUAUUGUGUGUGUGUGUGUGUGUGUGUGUGUGUGUGUGUGUGUGUAUGCGUCAGGUCUGUGAUGGGGAAGGCGGAGCCGGCCAUGCCAGGGAGGUUGUACGUCCAUCCUGAUUCUCCAGCCACCGGAAGCCACUGGACACGCCAGCUUGUCUCCUUCCAGAAACUGAAACUCACCAACAACCAUCUGGACCCCUUCGGACACGUCAGUCCUCAACCUCUCUACCCUGUGUGUGUGUGUGUGUGUGUGUGUGUGUGUGUGUGUGUGUGUGUGAAGGGAUAGUGCUGCUGUCUGCUGUGGUUCUGUUAGAACAGCGGUAACCUCAAUAAUGAUGUUAGGUACGUUAAGGGUCAUUAGCUCAUCCAUGCCUGGUAGGAACGUCACACCAAUUAGGAUUAGGCCUCUCGACGAACAAACACACACACGCGCGCACAAACACACACACACACUAUUAUCUGCUUUCUGCUAGGCCUAUUAUCUGUUAAUACGUUAUUAUUACACACAGAGCAUGGCUACCAGAGAUGGAGCAAAGUCACUGACACGACAAACAUACGCACAGUGCAUUGGUACAUAAAGACACGCAUUUGGAAAUAAACAACUUAGCUUCAGCAUAGCAUGCGUCCAGACACAAUGGCAAAUGUAUGGAUAGGCCUAUUGAAUAUAUCCUCCUACAAGUGGGAUGGAGCUAGAGCAUUGGUUUAUGUAUCUGUUUUUGUUGUAUUACAGAUCAUAUUAAACUCCAUGCAUAAAUACCAGCCCCGUCUCCAUAUCGUCAAAGCAGACGAAUACAACAGGUUUGGUUCCAAGAACACCGCCUUCUGCACGCACGUGUUCUCAGAGACCGCCUUCAUUGCCGUGACAUCAUACCAGAACCACAAGGUACCGAAACACUGAACACACAAAAUAAUUAUGAUUUUUCUUUUUCAAAAAGUCAAAUUUUGUAUUCGGGUAGAGAGGUUGAGGACUGACGUGUCGGAAGGGGUCCAAAAUAUCUUAUUUUAUCAGAUAUUUCAGGAUUAUUUUUUCAUAGAUAAAGUAAAAUUGUCCAGGUCCUGUUGUGCAGGCCAGAGUUGUCUUAUGGGUAUAUUGUUUUGUGUUAGCCAUGUGAAUCAGUGCAUCACUGUUCUCAUUUCAGCAUGUCCAGUUUGAUUACGUCACAGUGUUUACGCGUCACAGGGCAGCUCUGACCUGUUCCUUUCCUUUGAUCAUAUCUGUUAUGGUUCCAGCACCAUAGAGAAAUCGCUCUCACAGGUAACUACUAAAAUAAAGGAAACACUUGAGUAAAUGAGGGAUACAAAGUAUAUUGAAAGCAGGUGCUUUCACACAGGUGUGGUUCCUAAGUUAAUUAAGCAAUUAACAUCCCAUCAUGCUUAGGGUCAUGUAUAGAAAUGCCCAGUUGCCCAAUAUUUUGGCUACCAUGGCUAGAAGAAGAGAUCUCACUGACUUUGAAAGAGGGGUCUCAAAGGAGCAUAGGGGGGUUUAAAUGGUGUGUGUGUAUGUGUGUCAAUCACCAGAUUUCAACCCAAUUGAACACUUAUGAGAGUUUCUGGAGUGGUGCCUGAGACAGCGUUUUCCACCAACAUCAACAAAACACCAAAUGAUAGCAUUUCUCAUGAAAGAAUGGUGUUGCAUCCCUCCAAUAGCAUUCCAGACACUUGUAGAAUCUACGCCAAGGCGCAUUGAAGCUGUUCUGGCGGCUCGUGGUGGCCCAACGCCCUAUUAAAAUACUUUAUGUUGGUGUUUCCUUUAUUUUGGCAGUUACCUGUAGUUUCUCUCACUCUCUCUCUCUCUCCUCACUCACUCACUCAAACACACACACACACACACACACACACACACUGAAACACAAGUUCAAAUUACAGUACCAGUCAAAAGUUUGGACACACCUACUCAUUCCAGGGUUUUUCUUUAUUUUUACAUUGUACAAUAAUAGUGAAGACAUCAAAACUAUGAAAUAACACGUAUGGAAUCAUGUAGUAACCAAGAAAGUGUUAAACAAAUCAAAAUAUAUUUUAAUUUUGAGAUUCUUCAAAGUAGCCACCCUUUGCCUUGAUGACAGCUUUGCACACUCUUGGCAUUCUCUCAACCAGCUUCAUGAGGUAGUCACCUGGAAUGCAUUUAAAUUAACAGGUGUGCCUUCUUAAAAGUUAAUUUGUGUAAUUUCUAUCCUUCUUAAUGCAUUUGAGCCAAUCAGUUGUGUUGUGACAAGGUAGGGGUGGUAUACAGAAAUUAGCCCUAUUUGGUAAAAGACCAAGUCCAUAUUAUGUCAAGAACAGUUCAAAUAAGCAAAGAGAAAUGACAGUCCAUCAUUACAUUAAGACAUGAAGGUCAGUCAAUACGGAAAAUGUCAAGAACUUUGAAAGUUUUUUCAAGUGCAGUCGCAAAAACCAUCAAGCGCUAUGAUGAAACUGGCUGUCAUGAGGACCGCCACAGGAAAGGAAGACCCAGAGUCACCUCUGCUGCAGAGGAUAAGUUCAUUAGAGUUACCAGACUCAGAAAUUGCAGCCCAAAUAAAUGCUUCACAGAGUUCACGUAACAGACACAUCUCAACAUCAACUGUUCAGAGGAGACUGCGUGAAUCAGUCCUUCAUGGUCAAAUUGCUGCAAAGAAACCACUACUAAAGGACACCAAUAAUAAGAAGAGACUUGCUUGGGCCAAGAAACACAGGCGGUGGAAAUCUGUCCUUUGGUCUGGAGUCAAAUGUGGUUCCCAACGGUGUGUCUUUGUGAGACGCAGAGUAGGUGAACGGAUGAUCUCCGCAUGUGUGGAUACCACCGUGAAGCAUGGAGGAGGAGGUGUGAUGGUGUGGGGGGGCUUUGCUGGUGACACUGUCAGUGAUUUAUUUAGAAUUCAAGGCACACUUAACCAGCAUGGCUACCAAAGCAUUCUGCAGCAAUACGCCAUCCCAUCUGGUUUGCGCUUAGUGGGACUAUCAUUUGUUUUUCAACAGGACAAUGACCCAACACCCCUCCAGGCUGUGUAAGGGCUAUUUGACCAAGAAGGAGAGUGAUGAAGUGCUACUUUGAAGAAUAUAAAAUAUAAAAUAUAUUUUGAUUUGUUUAACACUUUUUUGGUUACUACAUGAUUCCAUAUGUAUUAUUUCAUAGUUUUGAUGUCUUCACUAUUAUUCUACAAUGUAUAAAAUAGUAAAAAUAAAGAAAAACCCUAGAAGGAGUAGGUGUGUCCAAACUUUUGACUGGUACUGUAUGUGCAAUACACAAUUCUAAACUAUUGAAUUCAAAUUGAAUCCUGAACACAAAUUCAAAAUUGUUUAAUUCAAUUUAUUUUUAGCAUUUUCCCCCUUUUUCAAUCUUGUCUCAUCGCUGCAACUCCCCAACGGGUCAGGAGAGGCGAAGGUCAAGUCAUGCGUCCUCCGAAACAUGACCCGCCAAACCGCACUCCUUAACACCUGCACCAAUGUGUUGGAGGAAACGCCGCUCAACUGACGAUCGAAGUCAGCCCACCACAAGGAGUAGCUAGAGUGCGAUGAGCCAAGUAAAGACCCCGCCAGCCAAACCCUCCCAUAACCCGGACGACGCUGGGCCAAUUGUGCGCCACUUUAUGGGACUCCCUGUCACGGCCAGUUGUGACACAGCCUGGGAUCGAACCCAGGUCUGUAGUGACACCUCAAGCACUGACUUAGACCGCUGCUCCACUCAGGAGGCCAGUUUAAUUCUAUUCCUGUUGGCAUUUAUAGAGCUCUAUAGUGAAAGCCCACGUGCACUGUGAUAAACACAUCACCACACCUAACAAGAAAAACACAAACCAACGGCAAGUUUCCCACCGUGUCGUUGUCAAUUAAAAUACAUAUUUUUCACCCCAAAUGUUCCAAGAACCACUAUAUUUGGCUUAAGGACUUUAAAGCUGGAAUCCUUAGUGGUGAAACUGCUACGUUCAUUUGGGAUAUUACAACAACAAAGAAGUUACUACAAACAACAAACAUUGUUUAGUUUUUUCCCCUUCAGACAUCAUUGCACAUGCGAUAGAACAGCAGAAUAUGCACUGCAAUUUUUUUUUUUCCACACUGCUCGACGCACCUCACCUCUGUUUUGUCCACAAAACAAUAACAAAGGUGCUGGGGCGGACAGUGGCGCUGUUUUUCCUAAUGCGGAUUCCAUCUUUAAACCUGCCGACUGUUUAGGGAAAUCACACUGUGAUUCUGCAGGUUCUAAAUGAAUGCUUUCAGAACAUGGUCAGUGUCUGUGGAAUGUCCAUGUUGUGUUCCAGAAUCCCAGAAUCGAGCAACUGUUCAGGUCCAGAUUCAACAUUUAGUUUCUCAUGGAUCAGUACAGUAACACACAGGACUGGGCAGGGUGUUUAGUGAUCUAAGGCAGUGUUGUGUCCCUGUCAGAUCACCCAGCUGAAGAUAGAGAACAACCCGUUCGCUAAGGGCUUCAGAGGCAGUGAUGACAUGGAGCUGCACCGCAUGGCUAAGAUACAGGGGUGAGUACAGACUCCCUCCCUCUCUCUCUUUCUCUCUCCCACUCUCUCCCUCCUCGUCUCUCUCUCCCUCUCUCUCCCUCUCUCUCUUUCUCUCACUCUCUCUCCCACUCUCUCCCUCCUCCCCUCUCUCUCUCUCUCUCUCUCUCAGACUUUUGCUCCAGCCCGUCUGAAAGGGACAGUCUGUUUUGUGCAUAUUGUGUGAGGCAGUUUGAGGGUUAAGUCUCCUCUCAGAUAGACUAACUUAGGAGGAGGAGGGGAGGAGAGCGGAUGAGGAGGGAGGACUGGAGAGUUAUUUCCUGAGUCACUGUUCUGCUCUAGGUGAAGACUGAGGGAUGUGAAAAGAAGAGGGAAUGGACUGUGGUGUUAGGGAGACAGAGAGAGACGAUGAGAGCAGAGAGAGAGAGAUGAGGGAGAGAGUGUAUCUGAAGUGGCAUGAGGCUGAGAGUUUAUUUUUAGAGUAGUAUAUUAUCUCUCAGCACAGUGUGUGUGUGUGUGUGUGCGUGCAUGUGUGUGUGGGUGUGUCACAGCAGGAUGAGAGGUAGAGUGCCACAGACCACUGUCCCCUACAUACCACUGAGGCCACCGAGAGGCCAGUGUACAAGAGAAAGAGAGUAGAGAAAAUCUUUAUUUUACCAGAGGGGAUAUUUGCUGUACAGCAGGCAGUCAAAACUAGCAGAAAACAUUUAGACAUAAAUAGAGUAGGGCCUACAGAGAACAAUACAAUGACAUCAUAACAUGCAAGUGUAUAAUAGACAAAUAAUCAUCAAACUGGGAGGGAGACUACAAAAAGAACGCAAUACUGAGUGUGAAUUGAGGUUUUUGAAUCAUAAGGCAUAGACACAAGUAUGGAAAUAUACAGUAUAUUGAAGAACAGGUGGAAGUAAAAUCUUGUGUAAUAUUUUGGCAAGCAGCUUAGACAAUAUUUUCACAUCUACAUUAAUUAGAUUGUUUGGCCUAAAAUAUAUUAAUAUAUCUGCUCACUGGGCACACACUGGUUGAAUCAAUGUUCUUUCAACGUAAUUUGUCAACGUAUUGUGACGUGGAAUCAAUGUGGAAAAUACAUUGGAUUUAAAAAGAAUCAUCAACCAGUACUGUUUUUAUCUAAUUUCAAACAGCAUUAUAAACAUUGAAAUUAGGGUAAAACUUCAACUUGAAUACAUUGACUUAACUUGACUAACAGAUUCUUACAUCAAUCUAAUUCCAACUAUGUAUACAUUGAAAUUGAGUUUAAAAUUCCACAUAGAAAAGUAAAAAAUAUUUUUCAUCCUAUAUUCAAUGAAUGGUUGAAAGUAUGUUGCAUUUUUUAUUUAAUUAGAAGUAUUUUAUUUGACCAUGUUUCAAUGUUGAUAGUAAAAUGUUAUGUUUGAAUCAACCUAAAUAAAGAGGUAUAUUGAAAUAUAAUGUGAAGCCACAGUCCAACGAUUUCUGCCUGAACAGUGACUUCUACUGGUAUAUGAGGGGUAAUGCACUUCAGUGAUAACAAGUCUACCAUCCAGAUGCCUACCUCUAUGUACCCUGCUUAGCUUUGGAAACAACCUGUGUUCGUUUCAGCUGAGCUAUCAUGUCAACACAUUGAGACAUUGAUCAGCUUCCAUACUCAUUUGCGUAGACCACCUAAAUAACGUAACUCCUCUAACCCUUUUUACACAAGCUGUAUGUGAAAGUACAUUUGGAGUGAGGUUGAGUUUAUGUAGGCUACAUUGACAUCUGAUUUGCCCAACAAAGGACACCAUAAUUUCAACGUGUCGCUAGGUAUUCAACAAAAUGUGGAAAUUUUCACGCAAUUUAAACGUAUACAUAUUUCUGAUGAUUAUGUUGAAAUUAGAUUGAUGUAACAACCUGUUAGUCAGGUUAAGUCAAUAUAUUUAGGUUAAAGUUUUACCCUAAUUUAAAUGUUUAUAAUGCUGGUUGAAAUUAGAUGAAAACAAUACUGGUUGAUUACUUUUUUCAAAUCCAAUGUAUUUUCCACAUUGAUUCCACGUCACAAUAUGUUGACAAAUUACAUUGAAGGUUGAUUUAACCAGUGUGUGCCCAGUGGGUGGUAGUUGAGUUUUCUUAGUACUGGAGACCUGUCUCUUUACUGUGCUUGGACUAAAAUAUUAUUUGAAAUGUGUUGCAAAUAAUAUAUUGCUCCCCCCCCCCCCCCCCCCCCUCUCUCUUGCUCUCUCUCUGUCUUUCAGUAAGGAGUAUCCGGUUGUUCCUCGUAGCUCAGUGCGUCAGAGGGUGGGUCCUAGUGGGAGUCUGUUUGGGGGGAAUGCGAGGGGGUUGGGUUUGCACCCCUAUUCCUGUGAGAAUGGGGUGAGCAGCACCACCCAGGACCUCCUCAUCCCCCCUCCAGCACCCUACACCCUCCCCCAACCAGACCCACACGAACACAUGCACUGCAACAAGAGAAAAGGUACGCUAUGCUGCAUUUGUCCGAUUACUGUCACUCUAGACACUGGAGCAGUUUGUAUUGCCUCUUUGUCUCUGGCGUGUUUUGUUUCUAUGAUUGUCGUUGCUCGCGGAAGACCAGUCCCUUUUAUAGUGUAUUACUCAAUCUUACACCUCUCUCUUUCUCUCUCUCACAGCGGUUGAUAGCUGUUCUACAGCAGAGAAUCACCAGUACAGGAAGCCCUACAUCGACAGUUCUCCCAGCAACGACGAGUCUUACUAUCACCCGUCUGCUUACCCUCCUCCCCCUCUCCCUCCCACCGUCCAUCCCCCUCCCCCUGGUCUCUCUGACUCCACCUACAGGUCAGAGGCGGGGCAGCGGCAGGCGUGUAUGUUUGCUGGCUCAGAGUCCAGACUGGACAACCUCAGCUGUACAUCAUGGUCCUACAGCUGCCCUUUGACUCCUGACAUGGCCCCCAUGACCCCUACUGACCCCUACACAACCUUCCCCCACCAGCCCUACUCCUCCAGUCCCCAGAACGCUCAGCUGAGCCCCAGCCCACCCCUCAGAGAAUACCACCGCUACCCCUCCUCCCCAUCUCCUCCCCACUACCACACCCUUCACACACACGUCAUGGGAGGGGUCCCAGAGUGGAGCGAGCCCACCUGA